CGCCCCCUCGUUGCUGUUACGUCACCAGCACAGCGGGCGCCCUGCCCAGCACCGGCCUCCGGCGAGACAGCGCGUACUGAUGACGCAGGCGGCUCAUUUUUGAUGAUGGUGGAGCAAUGAAGCUGGAAGGCUAGAAGAUACAUCUCAGAAAAAGCUGAGCACCAGGAGAGAUUCAGCCAGUGAUUGCUGUGUGUAUAGUCAUGAGCUCCACUCCAUCCUCUCUGGGGCUUCUCUCAGGAUACAACUCCUCAGGUUCAGAUGAAGAUGACACAGUUGAGAAUACAGCUUGCACCGCCCACCCCAAACUGAAUCCAUUUGCUGACGCUGCCUCCAGCAGCGAGGACGAGGCUGAAAAUGAUCGUGAAAAGGAAAGGGCAGCAGAAACCUUAAAACCCCUCCCUUGUCCCCUGCCUUCCUUCCGCCUCCCAGCACCCCGCCUGGGUACACAGAGUGCUAUGAGCUCUGGCAGUGUGUUUGCAAACCCCUUCCAAGACCAGCAGCAGGCACAAAGGACCAUCCUGGAGCGGCACGUCAAACUGAGCGAUGGCAAUUGGGCAAAGGCUGGGAAAGGGGUGUGUCUGGCUUACGAGAGAGAUGGGCGAUGCCGCUACGGAACAAAAUGCAAGUACAGUCACGGGAGUGACUUGCCUCAGGGGACCGCUGUGUCUACCCAGAGGGAAAUUCAGGAGAGAGAGCCUGGCGAUGACGCCUGGGAGGUGCCCGCAGAGAGCUGGAAAGGGGGCCAUGUUAUGCCUGGUGGGGAAGAACAAGGGGAAGAAAUGAAAACUGAGAAGGGGAAGCGGAAAAAGCCAGGGCUGGGUAACACUCUAAUUCCCCCAAAAAAAUCAUUGAAGAACUAUGAAAAGCAGUUGUCAGCUGAGAGACCCUGGGCAUUGUAGAACAUCCUCCCCUGAGGCCGUGUGACUUGUAUGUAAUGUAGCUACUACCAGGCCUUGCAGUAUUACAAUCCCUUUUUAUGUACUAUAUUUUUAAUCCUUCUGUUCAAUGUUCUCUUCCCAAAGACCUUGGAUAAACAGAUUGUGCUAUCUUUUGAUUAAGAGCAAUUCAUGGCAUUUCCCAUUCAGAUCACCCACCAAAGCGGCUUCAGCUUUCAGGGACUACAUGUGAGGCUACUGUAAGGACAACUGUACAAAGCAUUGUGAUGGACUUUAUAGAGGGUUUUAUUUGGCCACAAAUGUUAGCAAAUUGGGUGGGGGUGGGGGGGGGGGGGGGGGCUACCAAACUUCGGCAAAGCAUUAUCUCACUUCUCGAACCUGAGUGUGAACUGGGUUGCCAAGCCUGCAAAACUGCCAACCAGUCAGCUCCGGACUGUAAUUUUUCAAACAGCCUGUAAAAUGAUAGAGGCUGAUUGGUUGGUACUUUAUCUCUCUUUCCAAGCUUUAGUAAAUUUCCCCCUGAGUUCCCACAGACCCACCAACUCCUGUGUUUAUGAGGGGUGUGGUCUUAGGGAACAUGUCUGCUACUCUGGUCUGGAUUAUGCAGACACUGACGUGUCUGCAUAAACCUGUCAGGCCAUGAUUUGUUAAGCAAGCCUGGUAUUCUUCCUCGAGGGGGCAGCACAUGCCUCUCUCUGAAGCUUGAGACCAUCAAUACCAUUACAGUAUAUGCAAGUAUGCUUGGGCAGAGACAGACAAGGUUGUGACAAGAAAGAUGGACACUGAAUUAUCUUCUCUGAGCAAAGCAUUAGAACUUGAAAAGCACAGUAGCAGCCUGCAUAAGGAUAAUGGUAUCCGGGCUGUAGGUCGGCCAUGAAAAGGUCGACAUGUAUACGGUCAAUAUGUUGACAUGUAAAAAGGUUGACAGGUACAAAAAGUUGACAGGUUCAAAUGGUCUUUUUUUUUUUUUUUUUUAAUGUAAGCAUUUUGGCAACUUUUCCAAACCUUACCAUCCACGUGGACUACAAUUGGGAAUAGUAACCUGCCUAAAGCAUAGCGAGCGAAGCGGUAUACUAAUUUGGGUUCCAUGUGCUUCCAUGAAACGACACCAAAAACCCUUUAAAAUGCUGUGUCAACCCUAUUUAUGUGUCGACCUUUCCUAAUGUUUACCUUUUGUCAUGUCGACCUUAAUGCACGUCGACCAUUAGUGGUCGACCUAAUGACUGUAGACCCUUUUCAUGUAGAUUUGCUGAUCCAUACCUGGGUAAUAUUGGUAGUCGUGUUACCAAAACUCCUAAUAAAAUCAUUAUGUGGUUGCACCAGUC